AUGGUUCCUCCGAGACCGAAAUGGGUUGUUGACCUAAACAGCGGCGUCCCUCCCAAAUCGAAGAAUGUGUCCAGCAUACCAGAUCCUCCCGGCUUUUCGGGAUCCAAAGCAGUUGUUGGGAAACAGAAGUCGCAAGGUCCUGGACGAAAACCCCCGACAUCUGAAGAGACAGAAACGCUGAAACUCAAGAAAGCCUGGGAGGUUGCCCUUGGACCUGCGAAGCAACUCCCCAUGCAAGCUAUCAUGGGCUACAUGUCCGGCAAUUCGCUUCAGAUAUUCUCUAUCAUGAUGGUCUUUAUGCUCUUUAAGAAUCCUAUCCAGGCCAUCUCGCAAACGAAUACGCAAUUCGCCAGAUUCGAGAGCGCUGGCAAUCGCACACAGAUGAUGGGCGUCAAGGCGGUAUAUAUUCUGAUGCAGUGCCUUCUCCUUGGCUUGGGCGUCUAUAAAGUAAACAGCAUGGGACUGUUGCCUACGACCAGAAGCGAUUGGUUAGCGUGGGAAUACCAGAGACAACCUCUUGAAAGAGCAUAUUUUGCAUUUGGUCGAUAA